GCACUUCUUCAGCGCGCGGCUGCUGCUCUCUCUGCCCAGACCCUGUCUCGGCUCUCUCUGACUCGCCUUCUGACUCUGCGCCCUCGACCUCGACCUCGUCCUCGCCCUCUUCUUCUUCGUUGCUUGCUUGCAUCGGGCGGGCGUUCAAGAACCUGCGCCUCCUGCGAUUGAAUCGCCAAUUGCUCGGCGAUUUUGCGACCUUCUGCCACCACCCUGCUCUGCCACAAUUCAUUCACUGUCAUAGUCAUUCGGGCGGGCGGGCAGGCAGGGGUGACGCGAUCGUCUUCGUCUUCGUCUUCGUCUUUCAUCGACUGCUUCGUUCUUGCUCCUCUGCUUCGAGACGAGUGCCGUGCUGGUUUGUUGUGCGGGUCAGGUUGAGGUUGAGGUUUUGUUUUUCCCCUCGCUGUCGGCCAUCUUGUGGUAAGAAUUGCAGUUCGGGUCGGGUCGUUUGUUUGGUGUGCUCGCUGCGGGUGUUUUGGCGGUCGAUAGCGACUGCAUGCGUCGGUGGUUCAGUGGCUGCAGCUCACUCGCGGGUAUCGGCGGUGAAGGAAGGGAGUAGGACAGGUUGAAGCGUCGAGGUUUUUUUUUUUGUAUAAAUAAUUUUUUUGUGUGGGGGUUGCCCGCGCCAGCGGGGGAGUUUAUCGAGAGUGGAUUCGAGGCGGGUCGGGGACCAUGGCGGACAGUGAUUACCGCAUGAAACUGCUCCUAAUUGGAGACAGUGGGGUGGGGAAGAGUUGUCUGCUGCUUCGAUUUUGUGACGACUCCUUCGCCACGUCGUUCAUCACUACCAUAGGCAUCGACUUCAAGGUCCGGACGAUAGAUGUGGAUGGGAAGAAGGUGCGGUUGCAAAUUUGGGACACUGCCGGGCAGGAGAGAUUUCGCACGAUCACGACAGCUUACUACAGGGGAGCCAUGGGAAUUCUUCUGGUGUACGAUAUCACGGAUUCUUCCUCGUUCCAGAACGUGCGGAACUGGAUUGGAAGCAUCACGGAGUACGCGGCUGAGAAUGUUAACGUAGUUUUGGUCGGAAAUAAGGCAGAUAUGGAGGACAGCAAGAGGCAGGUCACCAAAGAUCAAGGCCAGGCUCUCGCAGACGAGUAUAAGAUUAAAUUCUUCGAAGCCAGUGCCAAAACGAAGUUCAAUGUGGAGGAAGUAUUCGAGUCGAUUGCUAGGGACAUAAAGACGCGUUUAGAGGAGACGUCCUCGAAAAUCGAGUUGCCACCCGCCAAGUUCAUCGUCGUGGAUCCGCAAGCCCCUAUCCGUAAGCGCGACAAUUACCAAAACUGCUGCGGGUGAUCGCAGCUCUUGUAUAUUAUACUCUAAUUCUAAACUAGCGAAAACAGCAGCUAUCAACCUGUAGUGUUAAGUUCGGCUAGUCAGUGGUUCCAGUCAAUCACAUUGAUUGACACUAUAGAGUUCGUCGGCAUUUCGCCGUUGCUAGGAUGAGGUCCACACAUUCCACAGUUGGAACGCAGCGGGUAGUGCACCAAUGUGAAGCUUAAGCACCAGGAUCCUUCUUCCGGCAGCUUCUAAGUUGUUCGACCUCUCCAGUAUAUGUCCCCAGACAGGGGCCGAGAACAUCUUUGAUACACGAGAAACUUACAAUGCUACGGAUUGGAAUGAUCUGAGAAUGUAUUCUAUCGUAGACUGUUUUCAGGUAUAUAAACUCUUGGUUCCCUCAGUGAACAGGGAACUCGGUUCCAUCGCAUUUCUUGUUGCCCGUCCUAGCUUUUCCAUGCCCAGGCAGAAAGGAUCAUAUCGCCUGUGUGAGAUAUCCGAUGUUCGUGCGUUGUACAUCUCGGACGUUUCUCUUGACGUACGGAGGCUCAAGAAGUCUGUGAAGGUGAGUGAUGGCGUUUUCUUUAUUAACGAGGUGCAUGAAACCUAUUCGCGUGCACUUCCUUGUUUAAAAUUUGGAAAAUGUCAAGGAUUCCAACACAAAUAAAGCUGACAACUUUGAGACCAG